AGUAUAAGAGGUGGCCACCAAAGCGCAAAGGUGAAGGCUCAAGACUUGUGAGAAUCGAAGACAUGGCUACUGAUAAAAUCGAUGGCGUUUCUCACGAUUUGGUUUUGCUCCUCACUAGUGAGAAUCGGGACUUCCUUGUCCGUAAUAAUGGCCACCAGGUAAAAGUAGAGAGUUUGAAGGGGAAGAAAAUUUGGCUAUAUUUUUCAGCAUCAUGGUGUGGGCCAUGUCGGCAAUUUACCCCUAAAUUAGUAGAGGUGUACGAUGAAUUCUCCUCCAAAGGCGAUUUUGAAAUCAUCUUUGUUUCACUUGACAAAGGCGAUCAGUUGUUCAAUGAAUAUUUCUCCAAGAUGCCCUGGCUUGCAAUCCCAUUUUCUGAUUCGGACACGCGUGAUCACUUGAAGAAAUUGUUCAAGAUGAGGGGGAUUCCAAGCCUUGCGAUGCUUGAUGAAUCUGGCAAGGUUUUGAGCAGUGAGGGAGUUGAGAUCAUAAAAGAUUAUGGAGUGGAAGGGUAUCCUUUCACAGCUGAAAAGAUCAAAGAACUGAAGGAAAAGGAAGAAACAGCCAAGAAGGAACAAUCCUUGAGAUCCAUCUUGGUUUCACAAUCCCGUGACCAUGUUAUUUCAGCUGAUGGAAGGAAGGUAUCCGUGUCUGAAUUAGAAGGGAAGUUAGUGGGACUGUAUUUCUCAUUGUCCUCCUACAAAGCAUGCCAGGAAUUUACUACAACACUGGCGGAAGUUUAUGAGAAACUAAGGGCAAAGGGGGAGAGCUUUGAAAUAGUCAUGAUAUCGCUUGAUGAUGAGGAACAAUCAUUCAAAAAAUACUUUGAAAGCAUGCCUUGGUUUGCGUUGCCUUUCAAUGACAAGAGCUGCGGGAAACUGGCUCGCUACUUUGAGCUCAGAGUCCUACCCACUUUGGUUGUUAUUGGGCAAGAUGGAAAGACUCUCCAUUCCAAUGUUGCCGAAGCUAUCGAGCAACAUGGGAUUCAGGCAUACCCUUUUACACCAGAGAAGUUUGUGGAGCUCGAGGAGAUUGAGAAGGCAAAACGAGAAGCGCAGACGCUUGAGUCAAUUUUGGUUUCAGGGGACACAGAUUUUGUGAUUGCGAAAGAUGGAGUCAAGAUUCCAGUGUCUCACCUAGCAGGGAAGAACAUCCUCCUAUAUUUCUCAGCACAUUGGUGCCCCCCAUGCCGCGCUUUUCUACCAAAACUUAUAGAAGCAUACCAGAAUAUUAAGGCAAAGGAUGAAGCAUUCGAAGUGAUUUUCAUCUCUAGUGACAGGGAUCAGGCCUCCUUUGAUGAAUUCUUUUCAGGUAUGCCAUGGCUGGCACUUCCCUUUGGGGACAAAAGGAAAGCUUCCUUGGGCCGCACCUUCAAGGUCAGGAGCAUCCCCAAGCUCAUAGCCAUUGAACCAACUGGCCGGACAGUGACAACAGAAGCCAGAAAUCUUGUUAUGAUUCAUGGGGCUGAUGCUUAUCCCUUCACUGAUGAACAUAUAAAGGAGAUCGAAGCGCAGUAUGAGGAGAUGGCAAAGGGGUGGCCAGCAAAGGUGAAGCACGCCCUUCACGAACAGCAUGAGCUUGUGCUCACUAAGCGUCGCAUGUAUAGAUGUAAUGGCUGUGAGAAGGAGGGACAUUUGUGGUCAUUCUAUUGUGCAGAAUGUGAUUUCGACCUCCAUCCCAAGUGCGCACUAGACGAAGACAAAGGAAUCAAAGAUGAUAAUAAAUUGGAGAAAGCAAAACCUGGUGAAGGAUGGAAAUGUGAUGGGGAAGUGUGCUCCAGAGCUUGAGAAGUUUGAGCUGUCUUCAGUAAAAGCUCCUUUUGAUUUUAAAUAUUUGUUUCCAUGGCUAUGGUUUUUAGUUAUAUGUGUGCUUGUAACAGCUAGCAUAACGAGCUUUGGAUGACACUGUUGACAAAGCCUAGAGGAGCAUGUAUUUUGUCACAAGGUUACCAUGGAUUUUAGGUCCUUAUAUUUGAUAGUAAGUAAA